UUUUUUUUUUUUUUUUCUUUUUUUCGGAGCUGGGGACUGAACCUAGGGCCUUGUGCUUGUUAGGCAAGCACUCUACCACUGAACUAAAUCCCUAACCCCAAGACUCAGUAUUUCUUAAUGUGGCAAUGCAAUAAUUUAUUUCUCCUUGAAGGCAGUUGUUUGGAGUUGGGGGGGGGGGGCAUUGAGAUGGCUCUGUAGUUAAAGACAGGCCCUUGUCAUCAAACCUGAUGCUAGGAGUUUGAUCACAGAGAUCCAAAUAGUGUAAGGAGAAUUGUCCUCUAACCACCUUAUGUUAGUAAAUUAAUAUUCAACUUAAUUAUCAUUUUCCUGUAUCAGGUUAAUUCAUUCCUUAUAAAGUUUAUAGUUAUGUUCUAAGACCAGAACAUGAGUUUUUCUAAUACUCUAUAGUUUUCUUUUAUAAGUAAGGAUUUGUUAACAUGCUUACUCCCUGUUUUCUUUUAAAGAUAUUUAUGAUCAGGAUAGAUUAUCUAAAAUAUUAAAUGAAAGGGGGCACUGGAAAGUAACUUUGUUUCCAUAGUAAAAUGCUAGCAUAUUGGAAAAAUAAUAAGAUAUGAAGUGGAAAAUACACACAAGGUAGUUAGUUAUAUAAUAUGUUUGUCUCAGAUUUAUUGCACUUUCCUUAAUCCAUAGAAAAUGGCAACAUCUACCACAAAACCUCAAAACGUCAAUUGCCAACUGUGGUUGACCUGCACAUUCCUCUAAGAAGAACUUGUGAAGUGGUGAGGCAGAAGCAGUGGGCAGCACUCAGUCCUUAAGGCGCUGCACUAAAUGAAGACAUUGGGGAGGGCUUUUGUUCGCUUGGUUGGUUUUGGUUUUUCAAGAGAGUUUCUCAGUGUAACCCUUAGACUACAAGUCCUGGAAAACUUGCUUUGCAGAUCAGGCUACCUUGAACUCAGAUCUAUCUACCUUCCUCUGCCUCCCAAGUAAUGGGAUUAUAGGAAGGUUUCUUUUUAAAAAGAGAAGGCAUAAAUCAUGCUACUGACUAUUAAUUUGUAUUGCUUUUCUUUGAAAAGGUCAUUAUGCUAAGCCUAUAAAGUUGUCUGCUUUUAUAUAAUACUUACUUACUUGGUCACUUCAAGUUAUUAAAGGUAUUAAGUUAGACCAUAACUUAAAAUAAUUUAGCAUUUGGAUAACUGGUUUGGCGUAUUGUUGUCUUGGCAGUUAACUGAUUUCGCAGUGUGAUUCCAUAUUACAAGUUCUAUGGCAGUCAGUGCUGAAGAUUGUUUAUAAUCUUAUUUUAUAUUUUGUUUGUUUUGUUUUUCAUUGAAACAGGGUCUGGUUGUCCAAGGGCUCACUACAUAAACCAGGCUGGCCUUGAACUCAGUUCAUCUGCCUCUGCCUCCCAAGGACUAAGAUUAAAGGCAUUCACUACCAUGUCUGGAAGUUCUUAUUUUUAUCUUAAAUGGUUUCAAUUGGGAAUCUUCAUUGAGAUCAGAAGAUUCUAUAACUUACUGUAACUUUAAAAGAUGAAAAUGCUUGGCCAGAAGAGAUGAGUACUACUUCCACCCAGGCCUAGAAUUGCCUAUUGAGAUAGUCCUGAGCAGGCGACAUACGAAUGGCCCAAGGAAGCCACCAAAUUGAUUUUCAGGUUUUACAUGACCUGCGACAAAAGUUCCCUGAAGUGCCUGAAGUUGUUGUAUCCAGGUGCAUGUUACAGAACAAUAAUAACCUGGAUGCCUGCUGUGCUGUUCUCUCUCAGGAGAGUACAAGGUAUCUUUACGGUGAAGGAGACCUGAAUUUUUCAGAUGAGUCUGGAAUUUCUGGUCUACGCAAUCACAUGACUUCUCUCAACUUGGACUUGCAGUCACAGAAUGUUUACCACCAUGGAAGAGAAGGAAGUCGAGUGAACGGAAGUAGGACUUUAACACACAGUGUUAGCGAUGGACAGCUUCAAGGUGGGCAGUCCAAUAACGAACUGUUUCAGCAGGAGCCACAAACAGCACCAGCUCAAGUUCCUCAAGGCUUUAAUGUUUUUGGAAUGCCCAGUACAUCUGGUGCUUCUAAUUCAACACCACAUCUUGGAUUUCACCUAGGCAGCAAAGGGACAUCAAACCUCUCUCAACAAACUCCCAGGUUUAAUCCUAUUAUGGUAACUUUAGCCCCAAACAUACAGACUGGCCGAAGCACCCCUACGUCUUUGCACAUACAUGGUGUGCCUCCACCUGUACUCAACAGCCCACAGGGGAAUUCUAUCUACAUUAGGCCUUACAUCACAACUCCUAGUGGUGCAGCUCGACAGACACAGCAGCAUUCUGGCUGGGUAUCUCAGUUUAAUCCCGUGAACCCUCAGCAAGCCUAUCAGCCUUCACAGCCUGGACCUUGGACUACUUAUCCUGCAUCCAAUCCUUUGCCACAUACCUCAACCCAGCAGCCGAAUCAGCAGGGCCAUCAGACCUCUCAUGUCUACAUGCCUAUCAGUUCGCCAACUACUCCACAACCGCCAACAGUUCACUCGUCUGCUAGCUCUCAGUCUUCUGCCCAUAGCCAAUAUAACAUUCAGAAUAUUUCAACAGGACCUCGAAAAAACCAGAUAGAAAUCAAACUUGAACCCCCACAAAGAAACAGUUCUUCAAAAUUACGUUCUUCUGGACCUCGAACUGCCAGCACUUCCUCAUUGGUCAACAGCCAGACCUUAAAUAGAAAUCAGCCCACUGUUUACAUAGCUGCCAGUCCUCCAAGCACUGAUGAGAUGAUCUCCCGUAGUCAACCCAAGGUCUACAUCUCAGCCAAUGCCAGCACAGGAGAUGAGCAGGGCAUGCGGAAUCAGCCUACACUCUUCAUAUCCACGAACUCUGGGGCCUCUGCAGCCUCCAGGAACAUGUCUGGGCAAGUGAGCAUGGGUCCUGCCUUUAUCCACCACCACCCUCCCAAAAGCCGGGUGUUAGGUGGCAACUCCGCAGCCUCCCCUCGAGUGGUGGUGACGCAGCCCAACACAAAGUACACCUUCAAAAUCACAGUUUCUCCCAAUAAGCCCCCUGCCGUCUCCCCGGGGGUUGUCUCCCCCACCUUUGAACUUACAAAUCUUCUGAAUCACCCUGACCAUUAUGUAGAAACAGAGACUAUUCAGCACCUCACAGACCCUACUCUAGCACACGUGGAUAGAGUAAGCGAAGCACGGAAACUGAGUAUGGGAUCUGAUGAUGCUGCCUACACACAAGAAUCUACUACAAUCAAGUUUUCCCCCAGUGCAGUCACCCAGAAAACUACUGUCAAGGUCUUUGGUGAUGGCAUUGUUACAUCCUCAGUAGACAUCUUUGAGCCUUCCUCUCCCUUCUCUGGAGAUCAGCCACCUCUUGCCCACGAAGCACUGUGUUUCACAGUCCUCACUGUCUUGUGCUGUGCAUUCUCCCUCCUCUGUCUUGUGCUGUGCACUCUCCCCUCUGCUCACCUCUUUGCUCUCUACCUCUUUGCUCCUAGUGAGAUCAGAGUCUCCCAGCUCACACUUAAUAAAACUCUUAACCUCUUUCCUACCUGUUCUUUGAGUAUCUCAUUUGAUCUCUUGAUUUUUGUUACUUGUUUAGACAAAAUAGUUCUACAUAGUACAGCUCUACUCAAGACAAAAUCUUCUACCUUAGUCCCCAAGUGUGGGGUUAUGGGACUCUGCCGCCAUGCCCAGCUCUGGCCUUUGAUUUUACAUAACAUUCUAUAGACCUUAAUUGGUAAAUAACAUUCUAUAGAUCUUAAUUGGUAACUUUUAAGCCAUACUUCUUCCCUGAGUUCAAGGCACCUUGUCUGCACAGUACCCCGCAUUGGAAUAUCUCGUGGGUUUCUUAAAUUUACUGAGUCUUGAAGCAGCCUCUGACUUUCCCACCAGUUUAUUUUCCCUUAGUCAGUUACUGGCAAUUGAAUUUUCUAAGGAUUAGAAUAACCUUGGGAACAUCCUGGUCUCCUUUGUUUCACGUUCACAUCUGCCAACUCUCCUUCCAAGUCUGCCCAGAGUCCUGUCUUCCCAUCCACAUAGUCCCUGUCCUCAUAAAUGCCACCACCUCUCAGAUCAGUGUGUUAGCACCUGACCCUCACUGUUCAAAACUACUUCAGAUCCUGUCACUGUGCAGGUGCUAGCUGUCUAUUCACAGUAAAAGCUCUCAUGCCUGCCAUGCCUUCUCAUCCACUUUUUGGCUUUGUCUGUUUUUACGUUUAUUUAGAUUAUGAGUGGUUAGAGUAUGUGUGGUUGUAAGAGUGUUUAUGUUCACACACGCAUACUUGUGUGCUUGCAUAUGUGGGUAGGAAUGCAAGUACUUUAUUAGCAAUUGAGGGCAGAAGACUCACUCUAAGUUAGUUUUCUCCUCUGACCUUUACAUGGUUUGUGGGGAUCAAUCUCAUGUUAUCAAUUUAUAGGUGUCAAGUGCUUUAUUUAUCCACUGAACCAUCCUCCUGGCCCCACCUUAUCCUUUCAGCCAGUACCUCACUUGAUCCGUCCAGCCCCUCUUGUCUGAAGGUUACAGUAAACACAGAAGACAGCGUCCCUUGGUGUCUGUGUACUUACUACUGUCCUAUUUGGACUUGGCUGAGAACCCACUGAGCUGUAAGCUCCAUUCCUCUUCCCUCCUGAUGGAGACCACCGAGAGAGUACUGCUGAAAGUAGGGUGCUGUCCCCUUCUCCCCCAUAGCGGCUGCUGUCCUUGAGCUGACACUCCUCAUUAAGACUGUUGUCACAGGGGAAAGAAAGAUACAUAGUAUGUGUUAGAGAAGCCAGGGCUCAGCAGACAAGCACUCAGUCUCUCUUCUCUAAGCAACCUCUCUAAGAGUGAUUUAGAUGGCAAAGUAUCUUUGUUUAAAAACUUAAAUACGUAAGUUAUAUUUUAAUAAUACGAUUCCAGUGUCUUGUCUCCAGCCAUACUUGUGAUUUUGUCAUCCUGUUAAUACCAACAGAAGCAUUGAUUUUAUUGAGUGAUUGCCUUGACUUGAGCCUAAAAUAGAAAUUCAAGUUAAAAAACUUGAGAGUUGAAAAGUUGAUUGAGUUUUGUGUUUCUCGUUCCUUGUUGUUUCUCACCAGCACUUCCUUACAAGUCACAACACUCCUGUUGGAGAGUUAAUAAAAUUCUGGUUGUGAUACACAUUCAGUGUUUUUUUUUUUUUUCAAAAGGACAUACAAUUUAAAUUAUAGAGGUAAAAGACACUCAGGUGUGCAGCACUCUGUACCCACAGUUACCAGUCCACUUCCCCGCCCAGCGCCAUCAGACAGGAGCCGCAGAGGCUGCAGAUCUGGUAGUGGCUUCCUUCUGAGGCAUCGUGCUCCAUCUCUGGAGAGCUCGCCCAGCCCAGCAAGCUGUGUCUUGAAGCUGAUGCCUUGAUGGGUGUCGUCAGUGGAGGGUGUUGGUGGCGCACACCUUUAAUCCCAGAGCUCAGGAGGCAGAGGUAGAGGCUGGUGGACAUCUGUGAGUUAGAGAACAGCCUGGUCUAUACUGUGAGUUCCAGGAUAGUCAAAGCUACACAGAGAAACCAUGUUUCAAAAAAAACAAAAAGAUAAAAAAAACAGUACCUUAAAAGCAUGAAAGUGGUAUGCAAAUUAAAAGGUCUGACAAAAAAGAUACGGUAACUGUCUCCACCUCUAACCACUCAUCUGUUAAGUACAAUCGCUUAACAUUCUUUAUUCUUAGUCACUCAUGUAUACAUAAAACUACAUAUACACACACAAAGCACAUUUUAGUACAUGCUACAUACAUGUGAUUUCUGUAAAUAUAUGGUUGAAUCCUGACCCUCACAAGGCAUACAGACUUCCUCAUUCACUAGACAGUACAGUGUAACUGCUGUUUAUAUAAUGUUUAUGUGAUGUUAGAUAUCAUCACAGAUAAUCCAGAGAUGUGCUUAUGCAAAUAGUGACACUGUCUUCUUUUUCCGAGUCAGGACCUUUCUCUAUAAUGCCCAAAUAAGCUUUGACUUCAUGCUCUCCCUGCCUCAUAUGCAGUGUCAUUAGCAGAGUAGCUGGUGGGCUCUGUUCAGCACCAUCCCCACCCGAGAACCAGAUAGGAAGCGUUCAUCUCUGCUCCAUGACACAAGAAAUGCCAGCAGAUCAGUCUUGCUCCUGCCAUGGGGGAGGGAGGAGGGGUUGGAAUUGGGGGGUUCUUUUGGUAAAGCAGGUCCCGUAGCCACACCUACCUCUAAGGAAACUGCAGUUCUGCAUCCCACCAUGUGACUACCACAGGAAAUGUGUUCGCUUUGUAUGUGAAGCUUCCUAGACCUCUUGUACUAGUCCUUGUGCCCCAUUUAUGAGUAGAGAGCACUUUCAUAGUGUUCACAAGAGUGUUCUUCCUUCUCUCAAGUGAAUAAAUGAUUGGAAAGAAAAUACUUCCCUGUUCUGUCACAUAGAAAUGUACUAUGUAGAGGUUUCUUAACUUGUCAAUGAGGGAACAUGAGUGUCGUCCUCGGGCACCUUGUUUCUUAUCUUGUGAGCAUGCCCGGGUCUUCAUCUACUUCCUUGUUACUCGCAGGGCCUUUUACUGCGCUCACCAAUGUUUUAAUGCCCUACCUUUGUGCAUUCACAUUUGCCGGUCUUUUCCCUUCUACUUUCUGGCAUUUGUAUCAUAAUUAGAAAACCUUUCCCCUUCCACAAUUUGGAAAAGCAGACAACAGAAAUGUCCUGUGUUUCUCUUGGUUAUGGUGAUGAUACUCCUUGAAACCACAGUGAACUAGCUUUGUGACAUUCCAUCACAAACUCACAGACUGCUGUGCAUCUCCUUUUAAAGUAGAGAUCUAUGGGGUUGGGGAUUUAGCUCAGUGGUAGAUAGGCAAGCGCAAGGCCCUGGGUUCGGUCCCCAUCUCCGGGAAAAAAAAAAAAAUUAGAGAUCUAUCUAAGCUGUAAGCAGGCUCUGAAGUAAGCUUUAGAUGGUGAAGGUACCUCAUGGCUGUAAAACUGCAUGUAGAGCCUUAGUUAUGUACAAAUAAUGCCAACAAGCUAGUGCCUAGCAGUGGCCAUUACCAGUUGUGUUAAAAGUCUAGCUCAUGUCUUGUCAGUACUGAGUGUAAAUGAUGUGGAUAUCUCAGCUCCAGAGCUUCCUUCCGCAUCAUCUCAGUUUUCCUGCUGUGUCUGUUGUUCGAGUUACAGUCCCUGCUGCAAGAUCUGAUUUCAACUAGCCUUAAAACUGUCACAACAAAUGAAAACAGGAGGCUUUCAAAAGCUGCCAUCCUUGAAUCUUCUGUGACUCAGUCACCAAAUAAAUGUCUAGUAGUAAUACAGCAAUGUAUAAUUCUUGUCCAAUUUUUUUGAGUUCUGUGUCUUUCAUGUCCUUCCUUGGUGACUACGUUUAAACACGCAUUCUUUAUUUCUCUUUGUUAUUUUAAUUUAGAAACUGGGUAUUUCAUUUAGAUAGUGCACCUUGAUUCCUUUCAUUUGUAAUCCCUAAACACUUAGCAUGUUGGCAUUUAAGAAUGGCUCCUGUGUAGAUUUAAGCAUGGCCUGCAAAGGAAACACAGAAGUCAAGCUGGUUCAUUGGGCUUGGGGCCAUCCUUUCCCAGACCCUGGUGUGCUUCUCAGGUGUUUCUAGUGUUUAGUCUCACUUUGCUUUCAGCAGUCUCCAGCGUUCUCACCCACCCGACCACAGUUGUCUUGUGGUCUUCUCUGUGUGUGUACUCAGCUUUCUGUCGUGUCAUUACAGUCCGUUUUUAUUUCAGCAGCUGCCUGUUGUUUGUACAUUCUCCCACACUUUGAAAAUGUGUUUAUCUGAACUCUUUGAUGAUUUAGUUAGGUGAACAAAUUGUUCCAUUAUCUUCUAGAAUUAUACUUUCUUCAAUUUGGGGACAUUUUUAACCGGUACUCUUCAGAUCUUGACUUUUCGCCACACUGUGCCUGCCCCUAGAAUUCCUUUUUAAGUGAACAGGUAAACAACAUUUAGGAAGUGAUUCAGUCUGGAAAAUGCCAUGGAGCCAGUCUGUUUACCAUACGGUUACUGGGGAGCCCCGAGCAGUGUGGCAGUGCUACUGUAUACCUAGACCGUAUACCUGCUGACUGCAAGCCUGUACAGCGCAUCACUGUACGGCACUGGAUGCUUGAGGCAGUUGUGAGACAUUCUGAACAUGGAAGGACUAAAAACACUGUGGCUUGAGGCACUUUCUCACAUCAGCUCACUUUUUCUGGGUAGCAUCAUCCUGGGGUGUUUUUCCAACCCAGUGUCCUAACAGUCAAGGUCCCUGUCUCUGUGGGCUGACUCCCAGAGAGGUGCACCGACGUUGACAGCUUGAUGAGCUUUUCCCUGACAGCACAGCAUUUACCCUAGAGAUUUAUUGCUUUUUUUUAGAAAUCCUGCUAAAGUAAUUUCACAAAAUGUCAUCUGAGAACAAGAACAUAAAGUAUUUAUCUAAGUGACGUUUUUAAUGAGAAGUUUGAAUGUGCUUUGGUCAUUCUUGUUUGUUAACAAUCAAAAUCGUUUGUCAUUCCAUAUUUGUGUAUGAAGUGUCUGUAAAUUCAUCAUGUUAGAAUGUCUCGAGUAGCCUGUGACAUCACACUGGAGAGAAGAGUUUGUCCUUCCCUCCCAUGCGUCCGUCAGAUGUGAGCUACAGAAGAGCCAAUGAGUUAGGUCAGUCUAGUAAGCUGGAAGCUUUUAAAAAGUAGCAGACCACAGACACUGUCUUCAGCCAUAAUGUGGGUUUCAUUCAAACCAUUAAACCAUUCUUAGGUGUGCAAUAUUUGGUUAAAUAGUUAAAAGUUUCCAAGUCAAGAUCUUUGAAAAUUUAAGUGCAUCCCCGUAUUUUGUUUUAACGUAGCUCUGGGAUUCUUGGCAGAGGUCGCAGAAUUGCUUUUCUGCCUGAGAGUUAGCUGCUGGAGUGGGCUGGUCCUCAUGUGUGUGUCCAUGUUGCAGCUCUGCUGGUGCACCAGAAGGCCAGGAUGGAACGGCUUCAAAGAGAGCUCGAGAUGCA